AUGGGUAUGGUGUAUGAGCAGCAGCACGAGCAGUACAUUGGCCCGGCGUACGAUCCAUCCCGCGACCUCUCGCCGAAUCUCCCCUCGUGCGACUCGUCAAUGGGGGACGCGGAACCCAGCGUCUCCAGCGGCAGUUCUUGCAGCACCCCGUCCAACAACAACCACCAGUCCUGCGGCUCGGACACCUGCAGGGCUCCCCCGACGUCGAUCCACCAGCCCCAGCACCCGGCCCGUUCCUUGACGCCAGCGGAGCUGUGCCGGCCGCACUCGUCCUUCGAGCAUCACAUACCAAAGCUAGAGCCGCUGCAGCCGGGGUCGCCGGCGACGCCCCCAGGAAGUUGUGCCGACGAAAACGGUGGUGCAGUGUGUGCUGGUUGUGGACAUCGCAUAAACGAUCGAUUUUAUCUGCAAGCGGUCGACAGGAGGUGGCACGCCGCCUGCCUCCAGUGCUGUCAGUGCAGGAACACUUUGGACGGCGACAUCACGUGCUUCUCCAGGGACGGCAACAUUUAUUGUAAAAAAGAUUAUUAUAGGUAA